AUGGCUUCCCGUCAAUUACUUCGAGCUGCAACUUCAAUAUCUAAGAAUACUUCCGCAUUUAAACUUUUAAAAAAUCCUGCCUUAUCGAGGCGAGCAUCAACAAACACCUCUCCAAUACAAUCAGAGGCACUUAAUGCCUUAAACCCAACCCAAAACAAUAGUAUAACAAAAAUAACGACGCUUUCCAAUGGAAUACGUGUAACUACCGAAAAUACGCCAGGGCAUUUUUCAGCUGUUGGGGUAUAUCUAGACGCAGGCUCAAGAUAUGAGACACCACGAACAAUGGGUGUUAGUCAUUUAGUAGAUCGAUUAGCAUUCAAGAGCACAAAAAAUCGGACAAUAGAGCGAAUGCAAACUGAACUCGAAUCAUUAGGCGGGAAUGUUAUGUGUGCAAGCAGUCGUGAGGCUAUAAUGUAUCAAUCCGCGAUAUUUUAUCAAGAUCUUCCGCAUCUCUUGAAUAUAUUGGCAGACGCGAUUCGAAAUCCACUAAUAACGCAAGAAGAAGUAGCUGAACAACAACAAACCGCGAUAUACGAAUUAUCGGAAAUAUGGCAAAAGCCAGACAUGAUAUUACCAGAACUUUUGCACACAGUUGCCUAUAAAGACAACACGUUAGGGAAUCCGAUGCUGUGUCCAGAGCCUAAACUUGCAGAAAUGACACCGGAGUUAAUUAAAGAAUACCUUGCAAACUGGUAUCGUCCUGAGCGAAUUGUUGUAGCAGCUGCCGGUGCACAUCAUGAAGAAGUUGUUGCUUUAACUGAGAAAUUUUUCGGGGAUAUGCCAAAAUCGCCAGAUUUUAAUGCACAUACUUUUAAGACCUCGGUGUUGGGAGUGUUGAAUCCGACAAAACAUACCUCAAAACCAUCAUUAUAUAAAACGAUUACUACAGCUGCUACUUCAUUUCUUAGUCAGGGCUCAACAUUACAGCCGGUUCCAAUAAGUCAUGGGGGUCAAAAGUCUCAUUAUACAGGUGGCACGCUUUACCUUGAGCAACCCACACUACCGCAUACUUAUGUUUAUAUUGCAUUAGAAGGCUUACCAAUUCAUGAUCCGGACAUUUAUGCUCUUGCCACAUUACAAAUGCUUUUGGGUGGAGGUGGGUCCUUUUCGGCAGGUGGCCCUGGAAAGGGUAUGUACACAAGACUAUUUACACACGUGUUGAAUCAAUAUGCUUGGAUGGAAUCUUGUAUGUGUUUCAAUCAUUGUUAUACCGAUUCUGGACUAUUUGGUAUAUUCGCAUCAUGUCGCCCUGACUACAAUCAUGCUGUUGCUGAUGUGAUUGCGCAGCAAUUUGAUCAUGUGGCGAGACGAGGGCGUUAUGGAGUAACUGAGGAAGAGCUUAAUCGGGCCAAGAAUCAACUCAUGAGUAGUCUACUCAUGAAUUUAGAAUCGCGGAUGGUACAACUUGAAGAUCUUGGCAGACAGGUACAAGUUCAUGGAUUUAAAGUGCCCGUAGAAGUAAUGUGCCAAAAAAUUAGAGAGGUUACAUUAGAAGAUUUAUUAAGGGUGGCGCAACGUGUAAUUAGAGGACAGGUAGUCAAUGAGGGUAAAGGUACAGGUCUUCCGACCAUUGUGGCGCAGGGUCAAUUGAAAAAUUUACAGGAUGUGGAAAAG